AUGAUAAGCAACCCUGUGAACUCCACAGUUCCCAUUGCUGCAGUGGUUUUCAAGAAGGCAGGAACGUAUGAUGAAAAGAGAUUGUUUGGGGUUACAACCCUUGAUGUGGUUAGGGCCAAAACUUUCUAUCGUGGGAAAGCUAAAGUUCCAGUUGCUGAUGUGAAUGUACCUGUCAUAGGAGGCCUUUAUGGGGUUUGGGCUGGAUUUCCAUGCGACAUUGUCAAGUCACUUGCCACUGCUAUUGCUAAGUAUUUCCCCCAUGCCCUUAUUAACAUGAUAAGCAACCCUGUGAACUCCACAGUUCCCAUUGUUGCAGUGGUUUUCAAGAAGGCAGGAACGUAUGAUGAAAAGAGUUUAUUUGGGGUUACAACCCUUGAUGUGGUUAGGGCCAAAACUUUCUAUCGUGGGAAAGCUAAAGUUCCAGUUGCUGAUGUGAAUGUACCUGUCAUAGGAGGCCUUUAUGGGUUUUGGGUUGGAUUUCCCUGCGAGUAA